AUGGCGACCGCGGAGGGCCGGCGGAGCGCUGCGCUCCAGGCCCUGGGGGCCGCGCUGGUGGGUGCGGGCGUGUUUGCGAUCGCGGAUCACGGACUUCUCGGUCGUACGGGCCGGAUCCUGCUCACGGAGUCGCCCUGGAUGACGAGCGCCGCGAGCACGCCGCACAGGGUCCGCGAGGGCGCGCUGCUCUCGAAGCUGGGCCACGACCCCGGCGCCACGGCGGCGUACGUCGGGCCGGCGGCCAUCGCGCACGUCGUGUCCGCCGCGCAGACCCUGUGCGGCCCCGCGCACCUCCACACGUGGACCGACCACACGGCGCGCGCUAUGUGGAUGGUCUCCGCCGCGCUGCUCGUCCUCUUCUGCGCCUCCGCGACGCGCCUCGCCCGGAACGUCCUCGGCUCGUCCACCGGCGUCCUCCCGCUCCCGACCGUCGCCGCGUGUGCGCUCGCAGGCUUCUCAGCGCACACGGGGCUUCCGUCGCUCGCUGCGUCCGCCGGCGCCGUCACGGGCGCGGCGGUGCUCUCGCAGCCCGACGCCAACCUCGGCGCGGUCCUCUUCGCGAGCGCGUCCGCGGGGGCGCUCGUCGUGCAGGGUGGCCUGGUCACCACCGCCGCGCUCGCCGCUCCGCUGCCCGCGCUGGCGGCGAUGUACGCGGGCGAGGCGCGGGCGGCGCUCGCGGGGUCCGUCGCAGCGUCCGGGCUCGCCGCGGGGGUCGCGGGCGGCGCGCUGGCGUCCUGGACGGGCUCUGCGGCACCCGCGCUGGCGACGGUCGACCCGGUCCUGUCGCUCGGGUGGUACGCGUCGGCGCUGCUGUGGGCGCGGGACGCUCGGUGGUUCGGGACGCUUACUGCGGCGUUCCCCGUCGCGGUGUCGCUGGCGGCGACGGUGCGGUACGGGCGCUCGACUCCGCUGGUGGCGGUGGUGGUGGCGGCGGGCGCGGCGGCGGUGGCGGGGCCGGGGACGUGUUUGGCGGACCUCGCGCUGUUCUUGGCGGCGCUGGGGCCCGCGAUGGCCGCGGCGCCGCGGCGCGUGCCGAUGGCGGCGUUCGCGGGCGCGGCGAUGGCGUGGGCGGUGAUGCUUGCGGCGGCAGCGCAAUACGCGUGGGAGGAGAUGGGCAUCGGAAACGCGAAUUAUUUGUUCGCGGCGAGUCUGACUCUGGCUGGGGCGGUGAUGGUGCUGAGCCUGCAGACGGCGGGGGCGUUCGGGCCGGAGGCUGAGGGGCCGGCGGGGCGGGCGGCGCGGCGGGGCGGUCCGCGGCGGGCGGGGCCGGGGGAGGACUACCACGAAAAGAGAUUGUGA